GAUUACGGCUCCAAACUCUCGACUUUGGCCAGUUUCUGUUUUCUCCAACCAUGGGAACAGCGGUUUAGGGGGUUGCUGCACAUGCACAGACCCAGAGGGGUGGCAUCAAAAGACAACAUCACAUCAAGAGCAAGAAAUCAGCUGGAAGGGGGGGCUACGACCGAUCAACUUGAGGAGAAAAACUGUCAUCCCGGGAAAAAGGAAUACAUAUUGUCUUCCACAAUUCGUUGUUGAAAAUCACCUCGUAUUUUUCACAGUUUUGCUGCACUGAUUUUGAUUAUAAAUCAUCUUUUUGGAACAAUUUCAGCAUCCAAGUGAAAGCUUUUGGAUUAUCCUCUGAGGUCGACUGUGUCCUUUAUCAUCUGAGGGAUCUACCUGCUUAUCGCCUCCUCUUGGAAUAACUUAGAUGAGCUCAACCUGCUAAUAACUCACCAAACAACAAGCACAAGUCCUGUAUUGACCACUGUGUUUCUGGAACAUUGAAACACCCUCUUGUGACCUCUGUUGAGUUUGUCUCUUUCCAUGCAGCUGAUCUUUUCUGCAUCUCAAGUUUUGACAAGACUUGACAGAACUCCUUCCUCUUCUCUCCUGCUCCCCUUCUCUUACUUUUUUCCCUUUAUUUUGCGUUGAUUGGUGCAUGGUAGAGAGCCAUGCUGUUGAAGAUAAAGUUCACCCAGCAGCGGCGGGUGCGCCUGGCCCAGGGCUUGUGGCUACUGUCCUGGAUGGCAGUGAUGUGGGGGGUCAUCAUCUUUUGUCUAGGGGUUUACCUUAAGACAGAGCUGCUUCGUAGGGCUGAGGUGAUGGACAACUCAGAGAUCCACGUGGUGCCCAACAUCCUGAUGAUGGUGGGCCUGGCCUCCAUUGGCACCAACUGGGUUGCGAGUCGCGCGUGUCAGGACUCCUUGGAUGCAACCCGCUUCCCACGUUGGAAAGUUUUCCUACUGGCUUGGUUUGCUGUAGCUGCAGUGCUCUGUUGUUUGCUCAUCGUUGUUGUGGUGCUCAGCUACGCCCUGCAGGGAAGCCUGGAGGAAUCUCUGAAGGUGGGCCUGAGGAAUGGUAUUCGGUUCUACAAGGACACAGAUGUGCCAGGCCGCUGUUUUCAGAAAGAGACCAUUGAUCGUCUGCAGAUAGAGUUUCGCUGUUGUGGGAACAGCAACUUCAAGGAUUGGUUUGAAGUUCAGUGGGUCAGCAACAGAUACCUAGACUUCACCUCCAAGGACGUCAAGGAUCGUAUCCGCAGUAACGUGGACGGCCGUUACCUGUUGGAUGGUGUUCCUUUCAGCUGCUGUAAUCCCGCCUCCCCUCGCCCCUGCCUGCAGCUGCAACUAACUGAUAACAGCGCCCACUAUAACUACGAUUACCAAUCAGAGGAACUCAACUUGUACAGCCGCGGCUGUAGGCAGGCUCUGACUGAUUACUUCAUGGAGCUGAUGAACUCAACUGGUCCUGGUGUACUGUCAGUCAUCUUGAUACAGCUGUCAGUAUGUCUGAGCCUUCGAUAUCUGCAGACAGCUGUGGAAGGAGCUAUGGCUCUGGAGGACCCAGAGGGCGACAGUGAGGGUUUUCUCCUGGAGAAGGGUGUGAAGGAAACCCUUGAGGACCUCAAAGCCAAUGCCCUGAAGAUGCUAAAGUUUGGUCAGGUUGACCCCAACGCCGCCGAAGGGUCCUCUGAGGCUGCAGAUGCCGAGAAAGCUGAGAAGACUGCGUCCCCUACUCCUGCCAGUUAGAGAGGAGAAAUUAUUUAAAUAAGAGCUGUGGGGGGAUGUGUUUGAGGUUUCUUGGUUGUGUGAGUUGGUAGGUGGCGGGUACAACACCAGUUGAGUUUUGAAAUGUUAGCUUUGAUUUACGCUUCACCAGUGCAGCAGCCACAGCUGUCUCGCACAUGGCCAAAACAAGGCAACAAAUAUGGAAUCUUAUCAGGCCCUGCACAGACACCAAAACAAACAUCUCCUCUGUUCAGGACCUCAUGAAUGUGUAACCACCAAAGAAUCUGCUCGGGAGAUGUAUAGUAGGCUACUUAUUGGUGUAACUAGAAGAGAUAAUAUUCAGUUUAAAGUGGUGUAGCUUUCACACAUACCAACAGACACAUAUUUACCACUUUUUGACAUUUGGCUAUAAUUUGGCAAAGUCACAAUUAACACAAUGCUUAAGGUCACAUGUGCACUGUAAUAUUCAUCUCAGGGCUGUAGAGUUUGUACUUAACUGCAAUAAAAUGCUUGGGAACCUGUUAAAAUGGCACAUGAAUUAUAUAUUAAAGGUAGAGGUUUUUAACUGCUUUUAGAGUGGGCUUCCUUUUGUACAUCUAAUAUACAGAGUAGGGAAUUUCCCUAAGUAUGGGUUAUCUGAGUUUAGCAAGGAGAGUUGGAUUAAGUGCGUGUGUGUUUGUGUGUAUGUGCAUGAGUGUGAGUGUGGUGCCCCAUAUGAAGCUGUCAUCUUGUCUAUUGUGACAGCUCGGAAACAAUCUGAUAAUCCUGGUGUGGUUAAUCCCAGAAGUGCUGAACCAGCAGCAUCAUCACACAGGAACACACUCUGUCAUACAGGGACAAAAACAGCACACUGAUGCAACAUGUUGGAAGUUAUUUUUGAAAGCAAAAUCGUUUUUAAAUGCUUUUUUUGUUGUUGUUGCAAAUAAUAUAACAUUCUGAUCUGCCCUAGCUAUCCAAAUGUGUUCAUCUUAAAUAAAACACUGUGACGGAA